CGUUCAGUAUUGUGUACCUGAUGUUUAACGUUAUUCUGUCGCUUCCAAUUACAAAACAAUAAACAGUUCCAGCUUGCGGGUCGCUGUGUAUUUAUAUCUGAAUCCUACUAAUGACAUUUUUUAUUUUUUGUUUGUUUGGAUAUAAUAAAUCUCUUAAAACAACUUUGAAUAAUACAACAAACACGGGAUAGAUUGACGUCCUAUACAUAAUAUAUCUAUUGUGUGCUGCAAACUUCAAACUUUUCAGUUACAUUGUUAUCAGCUCAUCAAGUUGUGGUCAGCAGCAGUAAUCACUACUCACUAGAUAGUAGAUAAUCAGUUAUUCACUUGGUCAGUAGUACUCGGAAAGUCGGAACACUGUGUGCCUGUGUUCAUCCGUCCCAACUCUCAGUCAGUCACGGGUCAUAAAUAUUGACGGUCGACCAAUGUCCAAAUAAAUGUUGAUGGACGACUUACACGAACAAUUUCCUUUCGAGGCCGACGUGAAUAGAUUUCUGCGGAUCAUCAGCCCGCCGUAACGCCAAACACCGUACUCGAGUUACCGUUCUACCUUACUUCCCGAUCUCACAAAGUAUCCCACCUGUCCUUUGCAAGGCCCGUCUGUACCUGCCACGUACCGAUCUGAUAUGAGUUCGCUCGAGAGCAGCUCCGCUGGGGCCGGAACGCCGUCUACGAUUUCGUUGGAUUCGCUUCCCAUCGAGGUAAACGGGCCAUGGACGUCAUUUUUGAAAGGCGCCUCCCAGUUCGGUGUGGACUAUUUUUUUUUAUGUAGACGCUCGAAUUUGAAAAAUUUUGCGACUUGAGUGCCUACUUUAUUGGGUGUUUACAUAAUUAUGUAUGUUCACAUGUGUGGGAGGGACAUUGAUUGAAAUGUGCUGGGGUCUCAGUAAGACCAUAGUUUUGUAAUUAUAUUCAGAUAGGUACCCAACAGUGUCUCGUUAGAAACUUCCGAGAGUGGUGUAACAAUGGCACCCUCUUGAUCCACUUUUACCUCUUAUUGUAUACAAUUGGUUUAUUAAUUAAAUAAUAUAUCUAUAGCUCCCGACUCUCAAGGGCUUUGCACUGUAUUCUUAAUGAUUUGUGAACGCAUCGAUGCUGACACACUGGUUAGGUCAUUGAUGUACGUCAAUAAACAAUUCUAUGACAUAAUCAGUGACAACUACUUGUGGAAAAAAAGAGCCAUGCAUAAAUUUAAUGAUUGCAAUGUGGCAUUCAUGUUGACAAGCGCUUACAACGAAAACACAUUUAAUUGGAAGCGAUUUGCUUGGCACACAGAAUUGGAAGAAAGUUGUUGGAGCGAAUAUGAGACAAAAACUACAACCACUGUUUUUAGUGGAGCUCAUUUUUCCGAAGUGGAUGCUGUUAUAAUGGCCAAAGACGGUAAUCAUUGUAUUUCUGCAUCAAGAGAUCGUUCUAUAUGCUUAUGGAGCACCACGAUAGGUACAAUCAACAACCCUGUGGUGCACAAAAUAGAUAGUCAUUUAGGAUGGGUAUGGGAUUUAGGAAUUUAUGAUGAUCAUCAUUUUUUAUCAUGUUCUUGGGAUUCAAAAGUCAAACUAUGGAAUACUGACAACUUCACACAAAUUUCACAACCAAUACAAACAUUCAGUACUGAUGCAGCUGUGUUGUCAAUAACGAGCAAAGAAAAUUUUGUUGCUGCUGGACUUUAUAGUCCUAAAAUUAUUGCAUUUGAUCCUCGUGAACCUGAAAAACGACUAUUUGAACUACUAAAUUCUCAUACACGUAGUAUUAUUGACUUAUGCUUAAUAGAAGAUUAUUAUUUAAUAUCGUUGAGUGAAGACAAAACUGUAUCUGUUUGGGAUUUGCGUACAAAUAAUACUGUCAAAUCUAUGUGCCUCUCUAAACAGGGCAGUAGAUUUCCAAUGUGUGCUUCCUACUAUGACAAUAUGCUAUUUAUUGGCGAUAAUCGAGAUUGUAUGUACUGGUUGGACUGUUCAAAUGGGUUGUAUAAUGUACUUGAGACUGUAAAACUUGUAAAGCCUAUAAAUGACUCUCGAAAUUACAAGCUCAAUUGCAUUAAAUGUACUAAUUACGGCAGUAUUAUAACUGGUGGUAAUGAAGGAAUUGUUUAUAUUUUAACUCCAACAAACCCACCAAAAGUUAUAGCUAAAAUUGUUGAUUCUGGUUCAGAAAUAACUUCAAUUGAUUAUCAAAAUGAUACUUUAGUUGUUGGAUAUGUCAGUAGUGAUGUUCAAGUGUGGAAAAAAAAAUAGUUAUAUCUGUGAUAUUCAAAUAUAAUUCACUGCCCUAAAUUCUAAAUUAUAAUACAUAAUUACAUAAUUGUUAAUAAUAAUGUUUUUAUAUAAAUAAUUUGAUGAUACAGAGCAAUGUUUAAAAUACUAUAUUUUAAAAAUAUUUGUCUUUGUCUUUUACAUAAUCUAAUUGAAUACUCAAUCUCUGUCUUCAUUUCAUAAAUACCACAGUUAAAAGACAGUUCUUUUUUAUCUUAUUUUUUUUUAACCAUUUUUAUAUUAUAUGUUUAACUUAAUAACUUAUAAGAAAAUUUUUUAACUUAUAAUCGACUAAUAAUAAAAAUCUACCUGACCUUCUCUUAUUUUAACUAGAACAAUGGGUCAAUUUUAUUAUAAAAAAAUCUACUAAUUUAUAACAUUUUACAUAAUAUUCUUGUUCCUUUUGGUUGAGGCUCACUUCUAUCUAGUCAUUAAUAAAUAUUAAUAUCCUUUGAUAUUAUUAACAAACACUAUUAAUUUAUUUUUCAGUACUUCAGUUUAAUAUAUAAACUACAAGUAUUAUUAUUUAUAUUUACAUUAAUAUAUUAACUGUUAUACUUUUUAAUGAUUUGAUUUAAUUUAAAUACAUUACCAUGACAAUAAAUUGUAACUGUUUUCUAAAAUUAAAAAUGUUUAAAUUACUAUAUUUUUACCAUAUAUGUAUAUUUGUUAUAUUAUAAAGAUAUAUAAAAUAUAAAUUUAUAAAUGUACUA